CGCACGGGUGACUCUGCCCCUUUCGGUAUCGGGUGCAGUGAGAGGGAGCGUCGUCGUUCGUGAAGAAGGUCGGCCUUGCCCAUUUGCUACCGCCAAGAUGUCCAAAUCUGAGGGAUCGUCUGAUUAUGGGUGCGAUCUGUCGCCUAACGCAUCCCCCAAGGAACCUGAACAACUGCGAAAACUGUUUAUUGGUGGCCUGAGUUUUGAGACAACAGAUGAGAGCCUUCGCAAUCAUUUUGAGCAAUGGGGCACACUUACAGAUUGUGUGGUAAUGAGAGACCCAAAUACUAAGCGCUCCAGGGGGUUUGGAUUUGUCACUUACUCAACAGUGGAAGAGGUUGAUGCUGCCAUGAAUGCCAGACCACACAAGGUUGAUGGGAGAGUUGUUGAACCAAAGAGAGCAGUAUCUAGAGAGGACUCCCAGAGACCUGGAGCACAUUUGACAGUGAAGAAAAUCUUUGUUGGGGGGAUUAAGGAAGAUACAGAGGAACACCAUUUGAGGGACUACUUCGAACAGUAUGGCAAAAUAGAAGUUAUAGAGAUAAUGACUGAUCGUGGCAGUGGCAAAAAGAGGGGGUUUGCCUUCGUUACUUUUGAUGAUCAUGACUCUGUGGACAAGAUUGUCAUUCAGAAAUACCAUACUGUAAAUGGACAUAAUUGUGAAGUCCGAAAGGCUUUGUCAAAACAGGAAAUGGCCAGUGCCUCUUCCAGUCAGCGAGGUCGCAGUAGCUCUGGAAGUUUUGGCAGUGGACGUGGAGGUGGAUUUGGCGGUGGUGACAAUUUCAGCCGUGGUAGCAAUUUUGGAAGCCGUGGUGGGUUUGGUAGCCGCAGCGGUGGCGGCAGUGGCGGUGGAGGAGGAGGAUACGGGGGCAGCGGAGAUGGUUAUAAUGGGUUUGGCAAUGAUGGUUAUGGAGGCAGUGGCCCUGGAUAUUCUGGAGGAAGCCGGGGUUAUGGUGGCAGUGGAAGCUAUGAUGGAUACAACAACGGCGGGGGCGGCUUUGGUGGUGGCAGUGGGGGAAGCAACUUUGGAGGUGGAGGAAGCUACAAUGAUUUUGGCAGUUACAGCAGUCAGUCUUCAAAUUUUGGGCCCAUGAAAGGAGGAAACUUUGGAGGGAGGAGCUCUGGCCCUUAUGGUGGAAGUGGUGGUGGCUAUGGGGGCUCUGGUAGUGGCAGUAGCUAUGGUGGUGGAAGGCGGUUUUAAUUCCUAGGAAACAAAGCUUAGCAGGAGAGGAGAGCCAGAGAAGUGACAGGGAAGCUACAGGUUACCACAGUUGUGAACUCAGCCAAACAGAGUUGUGGCAGGGUAGAACUGCCUCAUGAAGACAUGUGUUAGACAAGCGCUUGUUUGCAAACAUCAGGACUGUAUUUGUGACUAACUGUGUAUAACAGGAUAUUUUAGUUUUUGUGUUCUGUGGAAAGUGCAAAGCAUUCCAACCAGGGGUUUUAUGUAGAUUUUUUUUUCCACACCCAUGCUGUUGACUGCAAACUGUAAUAGACUGAUCAUGACGCUAAAUAAAUGUGUCUUUUUUUUUAAAGUGUGCUGUGUAAAGUUAGUUUACUAUAAGUUAAUGUACAUUGAUUUUCACUAAAUGGAAAAGAUUAGUGAAGAGUCAAAUAGCAGAGAAUGAUUCUCAGAAUGCCAAGGAAUCUUUAUAUUCAAAGCCAAAUAUAUUGAUUUUGUGUUUAGCUUCAUGAAAAACAAAUUUGCAGAAAUUUCCUCAAUGAAGGACCACUUCCAAAAUGUAUUCCUUAUUUAAGUAAGGACAUCAUCUUGGUAGUUUGACAAUUGUUCUUUACUGUUUGCUUUUUCAGCUCAUGUCUUCCCUUUUUUUCUGGUUGAGUUUAAAGAGUGCCAGUGACUGAGGCAGAUUUUAUAUGCUGAAUUAAAGACAAAAAGUUUUGGCCAUAUCAGCAUAUAGGCAUAGCAGCUCAAUUUAACAAGGAGCUUGAAAUGGGACAUUUGGCAAAUACGUCACUACUAGAGCCUGCUAUGCUUACAAUAUCUCUAGGCAGUUAUUCAGUUAGACCUAAGUCGCUCCAAAUACAGCAUCAACAUUUUAUCUGUACUAUAGAAAUUUCAAUUUCUUGGGCUUGACAGCAAGAGAACCAGUCAACUGUCAUAAGCUGUGAAAUUUCCCAUAACUGGGAUGUUGAUACCAGAUUGCUUUGGCUCACUUGCAGUCUCAUUUUUAUAAUAAAAAAUAGGAAACAGAUUUCCCACUGAAGAGACUAACAAAAUACAUGACUUUUAAUCCACUACUAGCUGAAUGCAUAAAUUAAUAUUUCAAAUGUUAACAUUUGCUAAAAUUAAUAAGAUGCAGAUGGACAGCAAACAAAUUUAAUAAAAUGGAUAAAAGUAUUCCAACUAGUGGUGGUGGUGGAUGGUCACAAGAUUGUGCAGGGUAGUUCAUAUAAUUGAUAUCUGUUAGGCAAAAGUUUUAUUACAAAUCUAUUGGUCUAAAUUAAAAUUUCACAGUGCUCUCUUCUCAAAAGUAGACUAGAUUUUGUAUUGAGUUCUACCAUGAGGAAAAUAGUGUGAAUCUUAUUAUGGCACUCUUAAGCUAAUUUUGUGGUAUUAAAAGUGCUACUAGUUUGUUACUUGAGGCACUUGAAGUAACCUAAUUAUCCCCAAAUUGGUACAUUUCUGUGAGGGAGCCAAAAAGGUUCUCAUCUCUGAUAAAGUUCAGUUGCAUUUUGAAACUCCAGAAAUAAAUUGUUUCUAUUUUAUGAAAUACAUUUCAUGUAUUUCCCCACUUAAUGCAACUCCUACCAUACAAAAUGGGUACACCGGCUCCUAUUUUCUGGUUUUCCAUUAAACAAUAGUAGUAUGUUUCUGUUCCAUGAGAUGGAUGUAGAAAUGUACUUAAAAAUUGGAGGGGUAUAGCUAAUGUCAUGGAAUUGCAUUAUACUUUGGGCAAUCAAUCUUCUGUCAGAUCUGAAUACACCUGUAGCAUUUCUAUCUUAGUGUCUUACAAAAUAAGACAAAUGUGUGCUUAAAUAUGUUAAUGAUUGCAAUGGUGCUUGUAUGUGGUGUGUAUACAAGUGUAUUUAUAUAUAAAACUUCUGAUAAGUGACUGGCUUAAUUUAGAAUGCAAAAUUAACAGUCCUGAUGGGUUUUUCCAUGGCUGAGUUUGCAGUAGCAGGUGGAUCCUGACAAGACCUCAGGAUUCAUGAAAUAAUACUCGUUUUUGGCAUGGUAGCAUAACCACAACAAAGGAGAGCACACCAGGACCCGAAAACUAAGUAGCAUUACAAAACCGGGAGGCAUGCAGAUGUUUGAGCUACUAGGAACGGCUAGCAAGCAUAGCUCCGAAUGGCUUCCAGAUCAGACGCUACUACAGCUGAGAGUAGACACGUGUUUUGAGUCAAGUGGACAGAUAAGCCAGGUGCAGGCUUCUGCUGACUAGAAGGGAGUACUCAGUGACCAUCGGAAGGAGUCAGACGAGAGUAAGGAUCCUUCCUCUUAGGACUAGCAGAAGGAAGGAAAGGUUAUAUUACUGUACUGGUAGGUAAGAACAGAUUUUACUUACGUCCUAUACAGUUUUGUUAUCCUACUAAACUUUCUCCAAGACUGAGUUUACCUUGUAAAUACCAGUCUAGCUAUCUUUUAAUUCACCCAGUGCUGUAAUAUGCAAGCAGUAGAUGGAUAGAACGUUACUAAUUAUAUAUUUUACUGUCACAGGCCUGGCAACAUCGUUAAUGAAAUGUACUUUAAUAAAACAAUGCUUUUUCCAUCCCUCUUUGUGUGGCCUUGUUGACUUAAAACAAUUUUAGCAUAACACAGUGCACUGGCUGUGCUGCUAUAAAGGCAGAGGAAUUUGUGGGGGUGGGUGGGAAUGCUUAUAUAAAGUAUGAAUAGGGAUUAAGUAUGGGCAGCAUUUAAUUUUUCU